CGUCCUGCAUGCGCGUGAUCUAGCGCCAAAAGCCCGCAAAUGCUUCUGAAAAGUUCCACGCACUCGGCUAAAGAGCAUUCUCUUGGCCGUAAAGGUUUUCCUCUACGGAGCUCGGGCCUGGGAGCGCGUGGAUACAAGGCAGUGACCUUCCCGCAGCUGUCAAGCCGCGGCAUUCUCCAGCAGCGCUCCUGCUUCACAAACAGCUCCACGGAGGAGGUGGCCGAGGAGACCACCGCUGUCGAGAAGCGUAAGGUCGUGGACGUGAUUAUGAAUGGAGCUCACCAUGCUCGCGGCGACGUUGCCGUGUGGAAGGCGUCGAUCGAGUCAUCUGCGCCUCUUCUCGGCGACACCGGCACACGGCUGGAGAUCGUGGUGAUUGACCAGGACACGGACCGUCGCUCCCCGCCGAUCAGUGUGGACGACUGGCGCGCCCCCGUGCUGGAGAUCGGCCCCGGCAGUAGCACCGCGCGCAGCGGCGGCAGCAGCGGCAGCAGCAGCAGCGGCUGGAAGCGCGAGGGGCGGCUGCCGCUGCCGGCGGACUUCCGCACGCCGGGUGCUGUGCUGGUGCGCAAGCUGGCCACGGCGGAGGGCGAUUCCAGCGUUGACUUCAUUGGCACCAUCAAGCUGGUCAGCGCGAACAAGGUGUUCCACUUCCCCGCCCAAAGCUGGGUGUCGUCUGAGCACGGCUGGCGCGUGUUCUUCGAGGGGACCGCCUACCUGCCCGCACACACGCCGCCAAGCCUGAGGGAUGAGCGCCAGAGGGAGCUGCAGGCGCUGCAGGGCACGCCGGCAGACCGCACCCAGCCGCGCCGCCCGGCCGACCGGAUCUACUGGUACCAGACCUACGACGACCUGUCCUCCGCCGGGGAGGGCGGCUACCGCCCCGCCCUGGGCGCCGACGUGCGCCGGCCCUACCCCCGCCGCAUCGCCACGAACCGUGGCGCCACGCCCGGCACCCCCGACCGCGAGCUGCCGCCCCCCAAGGGCGAGAAGCCCUGGCUGCCGUACGACGAGCAGUUUAGUUUCGACAAGGCCGCUGACUUCAACGGCGACACGCUCACUGCGGCGCUGCCCGCCGCCUUCUCCUUCAUUGCGGAGGCGGGCGACCAGCGGCACCUGACCUGGCUCAACCUGCUGCCCACCGCUGUGCGCGGCCUGGUCAACAACUUGCUGCGGGCGGUGUUCAAGUAUGCGGAGCCGCCCGCAGCCAACUUCGACAACUUCGAGGACGUGCUGGCCUUCUUCGGCGUGGACGCCGAUAGCCGCGGCAGCAGCAUGAGCCCCACACACCUGUACCCGGCUGGGGCGGGCGCAGCCAUGAAGGGCUUCGGCGCUGCACACGACCCGCACAAACCCGCGCCCUUCAAGACCGCCAGCGGCGCCUGGGACUUCCGGCUCGACAGCACCGCUGCCGCCGCCAUCAACAACCAGAUCGCGGCGGACCGGGUGGGCCCUGUGUACGACAGCGCCACCGGCGGCCCCCACGCCGGCGCCAGCAACACCGCAACCGCCACAACCGCCUUCGCCGCAACCGCCGCCGCCACGGCCGCCGGCGCGCCCGCCGCCGCCAUCUCGGCCCCGCCGCAGCCUGGCGCGCCCAGCCUGAUCGGCCGACUGGGCUCAGCGGUGUGGCAGCGCCUGACCAACGACCCCUCGCACGACAUCAACGACCUGCUGUACUUCCCGGUUCCGCGUGUGCUGGACGGCCGGCCCGACGCCUGGUAUGCAGAUGAGGAGUACGGGCGGCAGGCGCUGGCGGGCUUCCACCCCACCGCCAUCACCGCCCUGAAGCAGCUGCCGGAGGCCUUUGGGUCCGCCAUCCGCCCGCACCACGUGCAGGCCGAGCUCCAGGGCUCCACACUGGAGCAGCUGGUGGCUGAGGCGGCGGCCGGCGCCAAGCCCCGCCUGUACCUGAUCGACCACUGGGACCUGUCUGCCUACUGGCAGGAAGCCGAGGAGGAGGCGGAGGCGGCGCGCAAGGCCGGGCGCAAGCCGUCCUCGGCGGUGCAGCACGCCGGCCGCUGCCUGUUCUACCUGCGCAAGGAUGAGGCCACGGGUGAGGACGCGGCGCUGGUGCCCAUCGCCAUCGAGCUGGCGCACCCGGGCACGCACAAGGCCUCCAACGGCACCACCGCGCCUCUGCCGCCCACCGCGGGUUUGGUGUACGCGCGCUCGGACCUGGUGGCCUCACCCAAGACGCUGGCUGUGUGGCGGCUGGCCAAGGCGGUGUUCCGCAGCCUGGACUCCUCCAUCCACCAGCUGGUGGCGCACUUCAACCGCACGCACGCGACGAUGGAGCCCUUCCUAAUCGCCAUGCGCCGCCAGAUGAGCGUCAUGCACCCGAUCACGAAGCUGAUGCUGCCGCACUUCCGCUACACGCUCAACAUCAACCGCAACGCUCGUGCCUCACUCAUCAACGCUGGCGGCAUCAUUGAGAAGACCUUCUCCGCCGGGCCCUUCGCCAUGCGCCUGGCCAGCGCCGUGUACGGCAAGAGCUGGACGUUCGCGGGGCAGGCGCUGCCGGUUGACCUGCGUGAGCGGGGCAUGGUGGACGCCGAGGGCCGGCCCUGGCUGGACUACCCGUUCGCCAUUGACGGCCUGGGCACCUGGGCCGCCCUCACCGCCUACUUCGAGGAGUACGUGGCGCUGUACUACGCCGCCGGGGACGCGGCAGUUGUGGAGGACGCGGAGCUGCAGGCCUGGUGGAAUGAGGUCAAGAUUGAGGGCCACCCCGACCUCGUGGCGUUCGGCCUCAAGACCGAGCAGCAGGUGUGGGGCUUCACCGGCCCCAUCGCCAGGCGCUCCGACCUGGUACACGUGCUGGCCACCAUUGCGUGGCUGGCGUCGGGCCACCACGCGGCGGUCAACUUCGGGCAGUACGACUUCACCGGCCUCGUCCUGAACGCCUCAUCGCUGGUGCGCCGGCCCAUGCCCGCGCCCGGAGACGCCGCGUACCAGGAGCUGACGGGCGCGGCUCUGGGUCCGCCCCAGGAGAAGGUGUUCAUGACCUACCUGGCCGACCCCUUCUCGGCCGUGCAGGUGCUGGCCACGGUGAAGCUGCUGUCGGCUCACGCACGUGACGAGCACACGCUGGACGAGGCCAACGACUUCAUCGUGGAUCCGGCUGCCCGCGCCGCCAACCGCAACUUCAUUGCCGCCGUGAAGCACCUGGAGUCGGUCAUCGAGACCCGCAACGCCGACCCGACCAACUGGGCGCGGUACGGCCUGGCGGCGGGCACGGCGGCGCCUCUGCCGUACACCCUGCUGAUGGCGAGCUCGCCGCCCGGCGUCACCAUGCGCGGCGUGCCGUACUCGGUCUCAAUCUAAGCAAGUGUGGCGCACUUGUUACACGGCGGGCAUCAGCACCAUAUUCUAAUUGGCGGAGAGGGAUCUGCAACGGGGCACUGCUUUCUUUCUGUGUUGUAUGUAUGUUUGUUGUCGAAUGAUGUCUUGCGGCCUAUGUGCUGCAUGGUAACCGUGAGCUUACGGUCCUCGGGUGCUAGGGAGGCGCGCCUGUGUGGCUGCACCAGUGCACGCUGUACAUACCGUUGUUGGCGCAGGGUUUGCAACGUGCACUUGAAGAAUGAGAGAUAAUGCUGUACGCAUAUAUGCCCAUGGAGAGACCAAUUAUGAUCCUAUAAAAUCUGGAGGGCGAUCUGGAGCUGCAAUCCACGUACAUGUCGAGUAUCCGUGGCAUUGGUAUGAAAUUACGAAGAAAUUACGGCAUUACAGAUUCUUGUGGUACUCUACACCGUAGUAAAUGCUUUAACAGAUGUGUAACUUGGAAUACCGGU